CUCCUUUGGUCUGCCCCGUCUCUUUUUGCUUCUGCUUUUGUUCUCUCCUUCAAUCCUUUUCUUACCGAUGCUGCUUCCUCUUUUCCCUCACUUAGUCACGCAGCCUUCUGCUUUUUGCCCUUUAAUCCAUUGAUGUGUCUCUGAGAUACUCCUCUCUCUCUCUCUCUCUCUCUCUCUCUCUCUCUCUCUCUGUGUGAAGGGGUAUUUUCUCUUUCACAUCUGAAAGGCUCCUGGAAAGUUUACCAAAAGACAUCAGCUUUUAUUACCUUGUCUGCCAUUAAAAUGCCUUAAAUAUAACUCUCUUCUUCCCUCCCAUUCCAACUCUCUACUUCCUCUCCUCUUUGUAAUCCGCCGGGAAGUAUAGUUUCUGGUCAUUUCCCGGCGACUAGUCUAUUUCCAACCCCCUCUUCACUAUUUUGUUAGCUCAGUCUACCAAAAUGCCUGGGAAGAAGAUGGGUUGAUUUGUUUUUGACAUUUGCUUUUGUAUAGUGACCCAUACUUUGUCUCGCCGGACUCAUUUGCAGACUCUGUUUCCGGCGAGAAAACAAACUGGGGUGGUGCAAGAAACUGCAGAAAACUCAUAGAAACUCUGUUCUCUUCUAUUACUCGCAUAUCCUCAUCUGGGUUUUGUCAUCCACUCCAUAAUCUCAGUUGGUUAUUCCACAAAACCCUCUAAAACCCUGAAAAUGAUCAAUCUCACUGACCUCUACCACGUUCUCUCCUCCGUUGUGCCUCUCUAUGUGGCCAUGAUCUUAGCUUAUGGUUCUGUCAAAUGGUGGAAGAUCUUCAGCCCAGACCAGUGCUCAGGCAUCAACCGCUUCGUCGCUCUCUUCGCCGUCCCUCUCCUCUCCUUCCACUUCAUAUCCUCCAACAAUCCCUACGCCAUGAACUACAGAUUUAUAGCCGCUGACACUCUUCAGAAGAUCAUCGUCCUCGUUGCGCUGGCCGUCUGGUCCAGAACCAGCUCCAGAGGCUCCCUUGAAUGGUCCAUUACUCUGUUUUCCCUUUCCUCUCUGCCAAACACUCUCGUAAUGGGCAUCCCUUUGCUUAAGGGCAUGUAUGGAGGCUCCACAGGCAGCCUAAUGGUUCAAAUCGUUGUCCUACAAAGUGUGAUUUGGUACACUCUGAUGCUUUUCCUGUUCGAGUACAGGGGAGCUAGGCUCCUGAUCGUAGAACAGUUUCCAGACACUGCAGGCUCCAUCAUAUCCUUUAGAGUUGAUUCUGAUAUCAUCUCUCUGGACGGGAAAGAGCCAUUGGAGACCCAAGCAGAGGUUGGUGAAGACGGGAAGCUCCAUGUGACCGUGAGAAAAUCCACGAGCUCCCGGUCGGAAAUUUUUUCCCGGCGAUCCCACGGCCCCAACUCCGGUCUCUCCUUGACUCCCCGCCCAUCAAACUUAACUAAUGCAGAGAUUUACUCUCUGCAAUCCUCAAGGAAUCCCACUCCCAGGGGUUCCAGUUUCAAUCACACUGAUUUCUAUUCCAUGGUGAAUGGGAAGAACAUGAGCAAUGUGAGUCCGAGGCAAUCAAAUUUUGGGAACUUGGGUUUUGACGAAGAGACUGGAAUCCCUGGUUUCGCAAAUCGGCCGAAUCCAAAUGGGGUUUAUCCGCAGGGGAAUCCGGUGCAGGGGAGCGGGUACCCGGCUCCGCCGAGCGCCGGAUUGUUCUCGCCUGUGUCGGGGCCGGCGGCGAAGAAGAAGGCCAAUGGAGCUGAUGGGGGUAAGGACCUCCACAUGUUUGUUUGGAGCUCCAGUGCCUCGCCGGUGUCCGAAGGUGGAAUACAUGUUUUCCGGGGAGGAGAGUAUGGAAAUGAUCUCGGCGGGGUUGCUCACCCAAAAGAUUACGAUGAGUAUGGCCGGGAUGAGUUCAGCUUCGGAAAUAGGCAGGUACCGAACGGCGUCGAUCAGGAGGGGCCAACUCUCUCCAAGCUCGGGUCGAGCUCCACGGCGGAGCUCCAUCCCAAGACUGGUGCUCAUGUCGAGACGAAACCAACUUCCAUGCCUCCUGCGAGUGUCAUGACCAGACUCAUUUUGAUAAUGGUUUGGCGGAAGCUCAUUAGGAAUCCCAACACCUACUCCAGCCUCAUUGGCCUCACUUGGUCUUUGGUCUCCUUCAAAUGGAAUGUUGAAAUGCCGGUGAUCAUAGCCCGGUCUAUCGCCAUUCGGACGGGCCGUUCUGGACUGCAAUGUACUUUAUAUGGGUGUGCAGGUUUGUUCAUGGCAUUGCAGCCCAGAAUCAUUGCCUGUGGGAACACCAUCGCUGCUUUUGCCAUGGGCGUUCGAUUUCUGACCGGUCCUGCAGUCAUGGCCGCGGCUUCCAUUGCUGUUGGAGUAAGGGGAACACUGCUACACAUAGCCAUUGUACAGGCAGCUCUUCCACAAGGAAUUGUUCCUUUUGUCUUCGCCAAGGAAUACAAUGUUCAUCCUGACAUUCUGAGCACGGGGGUUAUAUUUGGGAUGCUCAUAGCCCUACCCAUCACUCUGGUUUACUACAUUUUGCUGGGCCUUUGAAGGCCAGAGGAGGAGUUGGCACAGGUCUCUACCCUUGUGCUAUGGGGUUUUUUUGACUUCUCUAACAGAAAAAUAGAAAUUGAUAGGGCUCUACUGGGGUAGAAUUUUUGUUAUCUUUUUGCCUUUUCUGAACCCUUUUAAUUUGUAAUUUUGCUUUUGUUCUUUUGAUGAAGGAAAAGUGAAGCUUGUUCUGUA